AUGGAGACUGUUAACAGAGCUCUGGCAGCAAUCAUAGCAGAUACCAGGCUCACGGUGCCUCUCAAUGUGAUCAAUGAAUUCUGUGGCUUCAUCAGCUUCCUGAUGUCCUGGUUCCACCUGAACAGUCCCAGCUGGGGAAUUAUCAUCACCAUUUUGGUGACCUGUUUGGUUUGCUGCUAUCUAUUUUGGCUGGUUACAAUUCUGGCCCAACUCAACCCUCUCUUUGGAGCACAACUGAAAAAUGGAACCAUAUGGUACCUCAAGCAUUAUCGCCCUUGAGAAAGAAGACCUGCUCACCAGUCAUUGAGAUCACAAUCAGAACUCGUCUACAUUCAAAAGCGCCUUCAUACUCAGACCACUUUCCUUGACUCGAUCAUUUUAGCCAUCAGCAGCCUUGAAAAGG